AUGGGAAACGUGUUCAAAGGUACACCUACAAGGCACAGUGUCACAAAUUACGGAUGCAUUUCAUCAAGGGAAUGCCCCACUUGUAGAGGCAGCGGAGUCAUCGAUGAUGAGGUAGGCACUUCAAACGGUGGCGAGUACAUAGCGCUGAUUCCAUUGACCGAUCAACGUCUGCGACCUCAACGCAUCACUAUCAAGAUUUUUGUGACGAUACUACUCUGCUUGGCCAUUUCCGGACUCCUCAUAUUCUUCCUCCUCCUGCGCUCCGUCCAUCUUGUCUCUAAUGAUCACCUCCUACUUCCAGAGAAGGUUACCAUCACGGAAACCACUGUUUGGCUUAAUCUCUCUUAUCCCAUCAAUGUGACAAAUUGGAAUUUUGUGCCUCUCCGUGUGGAGAGCGUGGAACUGAUGGCCUUCUACCACGCCUAUGUCUUGAAUCAAACUGAAGCCACUUUUAAUGAAUGGAUUCCUGCCAGGAGCACCAAGGAAAUUCAUAUCAAUCAAACGCUCGUCUUUGACGGUCCCACCUUCUCCGUCUAUCUUCCAAAGAUGUGUCAAACGAACAACACGUAUUACAAUCAAAUCUACAUCACGUUCAGGUCGAAUGUGAAGAUGAGCACGUUGGGCCAGCAUUUUGAAUCUGUCUUGGACGCAUUCCAAUUAGUUAGCUGCUAUUCACCAAACCCCCAACAUUGA